UCAAGUCAACUACAAGGUGUCGAACUAGCAGACUAACAAGAAAAUACAACAAGCUGGCCAACAGCUGUUAGCAAGCUAAAGACAAGUGAAGUGAUCCAGGCUAACAUACAUGGAACAGAUUUAAGCAGGAUCAUUUAAUUUUUUUCCAGCAGCAGUGGUUGAGAUCGAUGUUAAAGCAGGUAGGCGACAUAGCCUACCUUAGAACUGAAAUGGCUCAAGAAGAUCCUAGCUGGAAGAUAUUCUUUGAAGAAAAUCCAAAGCCUGCUCAUUUUGAUGAAAAUGUUAAAUUGGUUCAAGAUUUUUGUCAGCAAGCAGAUAAAAAAAGUCGUGUUGCUUUGAUCACUUCUGGUGGAACUACAGUGCCUUUAGAGCAAAACACAGUCCGGUUUAUUGACAACUUCAGUGCAGGAACGAGAGGGUCUGCCUCUGCCGAAUAUUUCCUUGAAGCUGGAUAUCAGGUCAUCUUCCUACAUAGAUCUAAAUCCCUUGAGCCAUAUUUUCGACAUCUGGUAGGAAGAAAUAUCUUUGAUAUGAUAGAAGUUUUACCUGACAGUGUCACUGUCGGUAAAAAACAUCAAGCUGAGUUGGGAAAAUUAGCCGAGAAGUUUCAACGUCAAAGGUGCAAUUUACUGAUGAUUUCCUUCAACACUUUGUCAGAUUAUCUCUGGCUGUUGCGAGCCACUGCACAAAAAAUGCAAAUUCUUGGACCUUUAGCUUUGUUGUAUUUAGCAGCUGCAGUUUCAGAUUUCUAUAUACCUGCUUCCCAGAUGCCAUGCCAUAAGAUACAGUCCUCGGGUGGCCCCCUAAGUCUCUCUCUGCAACUCGUUCCAAAAAUGCUAGCACCGUUGGUUACGCUAUGGGCUCCAAAUGCAUUUAUCAUUUCAUUCAAACUGGAAACCAAUGAAACCCUCUUGGAAACAAAAUCAAAAGAAUCACUACUCAAGUACCAUCAUCAUGUUGUGAUUGGAAACCUUUUGCAUAGUCGGAAGGUUUACGUUGCCCUAGUGGAUAGCAAUAGUCCCAGUGCAGAGGAAAUACGACUGUCUAAUUCGGACGUGGAAAGCGGCAUUGAAAUCGAGUCCAAAAUCAUCGAAAAUUUGAAAACUCGGCACGACCAAUACUACGCAAACCACAAAACAGGAACCAUAACCGGCACCGUAUUGGGCAAGCAGGUUGGAGCCGAGAAAUGGAUAGUUGUAACCGUUGUACCCUAAAAAGUUUACGUGUUCUGUGUAAAACGAAUUAUUGUGUUUUUCAAUCAUGCAUACCAUAAUAAUUAUUGUACUGUCCACCGUAUCCCUCUCCAUAGCCUCCUCCGUAGCCACCGACAUGUCCUCCAUACCCGAUAAUUCCGUAUCCUGAUCGCCAAAAUCAAAUUCAUUUAACAUCGAAUGGGUGCCGUAAACUUAUUAACUUCAUGAACUUAAGUUGUUCUUGAAGAAAUAUAUCAGCAUAAUGACGAGUGGAAGAGCCACUCCAAAUCAUGCUUCUCAUUUUUACGUUCAUGUAAAUAAUAAGUGGCACCUUGAUGAUGGCGUUGCUCCUGACUUUCUUGAUCUAGUUGCUUACGGUCGGUGGUGCGUUCUGUGGUGGUCGAAGACAUGCAAUUCAUGCAGUGUACCAACAUGAUUCCAAUUAACAUGGACUGUAAUCAAACAAAUAAUAAUGUAAACUUGCGAAAACGAACGUUGACAUGAAAAAGCAGAAAUAAGAUACUGGAAAAAUAA